CAUUUUGCUUUGUGACAUGCUGCAAUCUUUGAAAGAUCUUGUGGGUUCAGUCCAAAAUUCAGUGAAGUCAUCAUCAGACUCUAUAUCUUUUUCGAAAAUAAUACCGAAACAAUUUUUUUCAAGUAAUUCGUCAGUUACCACCGAGGAUAAUCAAGUUAUGCAACUCCGCGAAAGAGAAAUUCUUGCAAAGAUUAUAUCCUUGGUUUUAGGACUUGGUGUAUCAUUCUCAAUUACGUAUUUUGGCGUAAAAUAUCUUACCAAAGCUUUAGAUCCUACGAGAAAAGAUAAAGAAAAAUCGAAAAGCAAAGCUGAAAGGUUGAUGAGAAGCCUUGGAUUAAAGAAUGUAGAGUUGAAUGAGUAUGAACUCUGUAUUGCUUCCAACUUAGUUGAUCCUAGCUCCAUUCCCAUCAGCUGGGACGAUAUUGGUGGUUUAGAUGAUAUUAUCGAAGACCUUAAAGAUACAGUCAUCUUACCAUUUCGAUUGGAUCUAGGACGUGAAAGUUCUUUGGCUCAACCGCCCAAAGGUGUUCUCUUGUACGGUCCACCUGGUUGUGGUAAAACAAUGAUUGCCAAAGCAAUGGCCAAGGCUGCUGAAGCGAGAUUUAUUAAUCUUGAAAUGUCUUCACUUUUUGAUAAGUGGUAUGGUGAAUCACAAAAAAGGGCCGAGGCUGUUUUCUCUGUUGCCAGAAAACUCCAGCCUGCUAUUAUAUUUAUAGAUGAAAUUGACGCUUUCUUAAGAAAUCGAACUUCAUCUGAUCACGAAGCAACAGCAAUGAUAAAAACUCAGUUUAUGAGCUCUUGGGACGGAUUAAUGACUGAUGAAGAUUGCAGAAUAAUGAUUGUAGGAGCAACAAAUAGACCUCAUGAUGUAGAUGCUGCAAUAAUGAGGCGUAUGCCAAGCACUUUUGAGAUCGGAUUACCGAGCAUAAGAAAUAGAAGAAGGAUAUUGGAUUUAGUACUCAGAAGUGAAAAUUUAUCUGACAAUAUAGACUUAUACCGCAUAGCAGAAAUGACUAAAACUUUUUCUGGCAGCGACUUACGUGAAUUGUGUAGACAGGCAUCAGUAUUUAGAGUUAGAGAUUUAGUGAAAAGCUACAAGAAUGGUUCUUCUGAUGUAUACCAAUCAGAUGUUGAGAGUGGCCAUAAACUAAGACCUUUAGCGAUGGAAGACUUUACAAAGUCUAUGGACAAGAUAAAAGCAUCGAAAAUGGCCCAUUUGGGUGUACAAGCGGAACCACUUGAUUAA